GCGCGCUGUCGGAGGACGGGAGCCUCUCCCCAGCCAACGGGGGAGACGCCGGCGGAAGCAGCGUCCUGGGUACCAACACGAUGAUCUUCAUCAUUGUGGGGAGCGUUGCGGUUGUGGCGCUGAUGUUUGGCGUCUUUUACCUGCGCCCUGCGCGGGGCAACCGCUUAGAACUGCUCACCCCACGCGAGCCUCCGCCGCCCAUGGAUCGCACGGGUGCGUACCCGUACGAUAACUCGCUCGAUUCGGACCCGUCAGCGCCGUAUGAUGCCUCAAGCACACCGCGGGCGAUGAUGGGAUCGAUCUAAGUGGGGUGGCGGUAUAUACGUAGCGUAGCAAGUAGCAACAAUUAGUUUUGAGAACGUACGAGUAGAGCGCAAUAUUAUGAGCUCGAUGCGCGCUGUUGUACAUAUACACCAUUUCGCGUCGAGAGCGCUAGGU